AUGUGGGAUAUCUCCUUCAGAUCAGUCAUGUGGUGCCUAAUUCAACAUGAACAUUUACCUGAUCUGGAUGGAGUUUCUGAUCAAUUAAGUGCUACUACUUUUGAUUGGAUCAUCAUCACUUCACCUGAAGCAGCCCUCGUAAAUGAGGUGAAAGGAGAGGAUGUUAUUUGUUUGAUAAAGAAUUCUGCUACUCUUUCUGGUUCGUUAUUCACCUUGCAUGUAUCCCAAAUAUGUAUUGAGCUGCCAACUCUCACUGAUAAAGAUAAGGAGGUUAUUAGCACAUUGGGAGUGCGUAACAAGAUUUUUGCAAAGAUAGAAAAUUGUGAGGUCGGAUGCCCACAUUUUUCAAGUUGUAUGUAA